AGAAAUCUACUCCUGCUGCCACAGUUGUCUCAAUAAACGCUGACAGCGAAGAUGCUGACGAUUUUUAGACUGACAGCAAGAAUGCUUAGUGCUUACUAUUCCAAGACAACAGCGAGAAUUCUGACGAUAUGUAGAUUGCCAGCGAGAAUGCCGACGAUCUUCAGACUCACAGCAACGCCGCGCUGACGAUCUUUGAAUUGAAAUUAUCUAUUGUAAACAACAAGAUUCAAUAAUUGACGUGACUUGGUGCUGCUGAGAAAUAUCUCAAUGGAAGCAUGUCAGCAUUCUUACUUAUUUUAGCCGACACCUCACUUGUCAGCGAUUUACUGACCUCUGCUGGAAGGGCAGCUUCUUUUCGCAGCAUUAGACAAUUUUUUUUUUGUUAAGUCCUCUCCAGGAUUGGAGAGGAGCUUAAUUUGUGCGUACUAUUCGCAAUAUUUGUGAUCUGAACAAAAUCUAAUAUUUUGUUGAUUUGAUUUUGAAUUUUAUAAUUCUCAUUCCUGCGUUCUUCAUUAUUUAUUAAUUUUUAUUGUAAAAUCGUCACAAUUGGCCACAGUUCUCUUUUCCAUUUUAGCCAUUUGUUAAAGUAAUUUGUUAAUUUUUACAUUUUAGCUGUAAUAGGUGGAAAACAGCCAAUUAUUGAAGAAAAAAGUAAAAAUUGAAAUGAACAUGUUUUCGCCACGGGUUGGAAUGUUAACAUUACACCACUAAAUCAACACUCCCGGUACUCUAGCCUUAGGUUUAUUACAGGGAAGCUUCAUACCGUGUUUUGGCCUAACACUGAGUGUCAAGUUUGGGCCUUAACCGUUCGUAUUUUUCGUUCCCUGUGUUUUAAACCUGCUUUUGCUGUCACUUGUCCAAUGUCUAUAUUUAUAUGUUUUCUACAGAACAAUUGUUAAAUUUUACAAACUAGCUAAAUUUUCUCAAAAUGUUGUGAUAUUAGAUAAAAAACUUGUUUUUUCGAAUGUAGCGAGUACACUUUUAUACUCAAAUUUGAAACUAAAGGGUUAUUAUUGUAAAAAACUAACCUCAUCAUGUUUAAAUUAUCUCUGCCUGGACAAUAAAAUGUUAAGGGCCAAGGCUCAAAACUUACCAUGUCGUUUUUGGUGGAAUUUUACAGAAUUAAUUAUGAUGAGUUCCUCUCAGUUUCAAGCUUUUAUAAAGAUCUGUAAUAUGGGACAAAUUAACUCAUAAAAUCUUCUAAAUAACAGUUAUGUAGCUAAAGCUGAAUUAAAAAAGUUUCAUGGAUUUUUGUUAUGACUGAUAAAUUUUUUAUUUCAUACGCACUUCUAUUAUGAUUCAUAAAUAAAUUUGUCCUUUUUUUAGCAUAAAUAACAUAUUAAAAAAACUGAUGGUAAAGCCAAAGGUGAAUAUUUUAAUGUUCCAUAAAUGAAUAGACUUUUUUUUGGAGGCCAAUCCUUUAAUUUUUUGACGUCGUCGACUCACAUUCGUGGAAUGUUAAUUAAUAUUCACCCUUUGGACUAAUGAUUAAGGAAAUAAAAGGGACUAUAAGUUCACACUGAACGGUAGCGUACACUCAACAGUUUUCGAAAACACCAUUUUUAAUCUCCGUCGUUAAUGAUCUAAGAAAGGUUUAAAGGACAUCUUUAGAAUCAGGCAAGUCCAUCUCUUAAUGAAACUUAAUUUAAGUCCCGUUAAUAUCUUUGCAAACGUUUUUCCAGGAUUAUUAAGUGCAUCUACUUAACCAUAAUAAUAAAAAUAUGUUUUAUUUUAUAAUAUUUUUUUUAUGCUGUAAUAGUAUUUUGGGGGGUCUCGUGUUUUUUUCCUUUGAAGAAACAUGAAACUCCUCUCAGUAAUGUAAAUAUGAUUUAUGAAAACCAGUUCUUAACUUGUCAUAAAAGUCAUAAAAACCAAAAAAUAAUCUCAUCUGAGAAGUUCCUAAAAACGUGAAAAUACACUCUUUUUUACGAACCCUUAUUUUUUUCUGUUUGUUUAAAUGCUUCUGGUUUCAGAAAUAAAAAUACUAAAUGGGACGACGAAAGUCUAAGAGGAAGCCCGGGCCUAAGAAGAAGAAUAUUGAACCCCUGGACACAAUGUUCAAUUGUCCAUUCUGUAAUCACGAGAAAUCAUGCGAGGUGAAGAUGGAUAAGACAAAGAACGCUGCUAAAAUUCAGUGUACAAUCUGUAUGGAAGACUAUCAGGCGACAAUAAAUUUCUUGUCUGAACCGUUAGAUGUUUACAACGAUUGGAUUGAUGCCUGUGAAGCUGCCAAUCUCAACUGAGCAAUCAUCAAUCAAUCAAUCAUUUUCACCGAUUCUCCGUUCUUUAUCCACUCCAUUUGUUUUUUAUCAUCAACUCCUUUUACUCCAACUUCAUCAACUUCAUCAACUUCAUCCGUUUUUCGUUAACUCCAUCCAUUUUAUCCCUUCUUCAUCAACUCCAUUCAUUCUUCAUACCUCGACCAAUUUCUGAACCUAAUCCCCUAUACUCAUAGCUACUCCCUAAUCCCAACCUACUUCCUAAUCCCAACCUACUUCCUAAUCCCAACCUACUCCCUUAAUCUCAGCAUUGACCUACUCCCAAAGCCUAUUACCCAUAAAUCUUUGACACUCUGCCAAUUGUCCUAAAUCAUCAUCAUCCAUCUUCAUUUUCAUCCAUAUAUUUUGUAUCAAUGUUACUUGUUCACGUGUUGUAAUCGUGUAAUAAUCAUACGUUUCAAAUAUUCAUUGUAAUAAAUAUUCAAAACUUU